CAUCGCUGAAUCUUCUGACGAUUUUGCAAGAUCACAGUAGACCGACUUGACGACAUCAGCGCAGACUCAAGUACCCGAGAUAGGGCAGCGAUUUGAGUCGACACAUCCUUGCAGGUACGAGCGGGGCACCGCAUCAACUUUCACCCGUCGAUAUGACUUGAGUCCACGCCGAUCUUUAACACAGUACAAGCCCAACACAGCCCUCAAAAAUGUCUUUCCCGGUAGCCAAUUCGACUACAUCCUUCUGGCGAGGCGAGACUCAUCCGCUUGACGAUCAUCGAACAACUGAGAAGCUGCCAAGCGAGGUCGACGUUGUCAUCAUUGGAGCUGGAUAUGCUGGAGCUUCAAUAGCCUAUCAUCUGCUCGAGCAGGGCAGAGGAGCAUCGAAGCCUUUGUCAAUAGCGAUUCUCGAAGCCAGAGAGGCAUGUUCCGGAGCCACUGGACGAAACGGCGGUCACCUCAAGCCGGACCCAUACCACAGGGCUGCGGAUGCCUUGAAGAUUUACGGUAGAGAAGCCGCAGAAGAAGUGGCCGCUUUCGAAGCCCGUCAAAUUGGAGAGAUCAAGAAGUUGGUCGAGAAGGAGAAUGUCGACUGUGACUUUGUCAUGACAAGGGCCGCUGAUGUCUGCUUGUUCGAACAGGCCCACAGCGAGCUGAAGGAUGGGUUUGACCGUCUCAACGCGGCUGAUGUCUCGACGAUACAGAAUGUGUUCUACAGCGAUGGGAAGACGGCGGAAGGUGUUUCUGGCGUGAAAGGAGCAAAGGCUUGCUUCACAUACCCAACUGCACACAUGUGGCCGUACAAGCUUGUGCUUCACCUGCUCUCUCAAGCGGUGUCGAAAGGAGUAAACUUGCAAACACAUACGCCCGUACAGAAUGUGGUCCGGUCCGUUGGUUCAGGAUCUCCGAGAGCGUGGACCGUGAACACCCCGCGAGGUUCUGUCCAGGCUUCAAAGGUCAUAUAUGCCAGCAAUGCGUACACCUCUGCUCUACUACCCGAGUACAAGCAAGCCAUUGUCCCGGUUCGAGGAAUCUGUUGUCACAUCGUGCCGACGAAGAAGCCCGCACCGUUGCUUUCCAAUAGCUACAUGAUGAGGAUUGCUCCGGACGAAUUCGACUACCUCAUCCCUCGAACUGAUGGCAGUAUCAUCGUCGGAGGUGGACGUCGGGACUAUUAUCGUCACUUGAACGAGUGGUACGACGUCGCCGAUGACAGCAAGUUGAUCGAGCCGGCGAAGAAGUACUUUGACGGGUAUAUGCAGCGGCACUUCAACGGAUGGGAAGAUAGUGGAGCGUACACCAAUAAGAUCUGGACAGGCAUCAUGGGCUACUCAAGCGAUGGCUUCCCACACGUCGGCGAAGUACCUCAAAAGCCCGGCCAGUACAUCUGCGCCGGUUUCACGGGCCACGGCAUGCCUCAAAUCUUCCUCUCCGCGAAGGCGGUUGCCACGAUGGUCCUUGAAAACCUGCCGACCGAAAAGGCCGACGUUCCGAGACUUUACAAGACAACCUCCGCACGCCUGGCUUCGAAGCGAAAUGUGACAAUCGAGGACUGGGAGAAGUCUAUGAAAGUGGACAGGGCGAGGUUGUGAUCAACGGUCUCACGACCGAAUUGCGCCCAUGCGGCCAAAAGUUGCGAGAAAUGUGUAGCCCAAAUUGACCGCGUUCCUAUCCC